ACCGCUCAUCUAGCGAAUGCACAAGAACAAAAAUCGCAAACUCAAACUAGACUGGAAUUGGAUAAGCAGCAACGGCGGCACACGUUGUCUCACUGUUCCUCCUUCUCUGCUGUUGAAAACUACUUGGAGUAAGCUCUCGCUUCAUUACUUGUAUACUAGCACUGGUUUCUGUUUCCGAAACUACAGUCGUACAAAAGUCCUUGUGUUUGCUUUCUGUAGCUUCUCUCACCAAAUAUCUUAUUGAAGCAUGUACUGUUGAUUGUAAAGAUAUCGGUUAGUAAUAUUUGGUUCAAUUUAUGGAUUUGGUGGUUAAUACAAAUCAAACCCGUGACGGGUUUUGCUCAUUUCAACACUUCAAUAGAAAGAGUACAAGAGACAGAGGUUUUAAAGCUAGAUUCAGGGAUGAAGCUGGUCCCAAUUCCAGAAGGGUUAGAUUUUAUAUGCGCUGCAGAAGUCACCAUUUUGCUUUAUUUUCUGAUAAUUCUGAGUUUAGAAAAUCUGUAGGGUUUCAAAAGCCGAGGCGGAAUAGGGUUUUUCCAGUUUCAAAGGUACACGCUUUUGGGUUGAAUGGUAAAGCUCAAAAUCUGGAGAAAACCCUAAAUGGUCAUGUGAGCGGUGGGAAUAAUACAAAUUCAGUGCAAUCCUCUCAUACUGUUGAAGAAUUUGAGAGUAAUAAUGUUCUUCGUCGACGGGUUAGGAAUGGAGAGUUGGAGGAAGCCUUGAAGUUUCUUGAGAGUAUGGUUUAUAAUGGUGAUAUUCCUGAUAUAAUCCCAUGUACCAGUUUGAUUCGUGGAUUUUGUAAAAUGGGAAAGACUAGAAAGGCGUCUCGUGUUAUGGAGAUUAUGGAGGAUUCUGGGGCAGUUCUUGAUGUUAUAACUUACAAUGUUUUGAUUAGUGGUUACUGCAAAGCGGGUGAGAUUGAUAAUGCUCUACGAGUUCUGGACAGGAUGAGUGUGGCUCCGGAUGUAGUUACAUAUAACACAAUUUUGCGUGUGUUGUGUGAUAGUGGGAAAUUGAAGCAAGCGAUGGAAGUUCUUGAUCGGCAGUUGCAAAAGGAGUGCUACCCAGAUGUGAUAACAUAUACAAUAUUGAUUGAAGCCACUUGCAAGGAAAGUGGGGUUGGCCAGGCCAUGAAGUUCUUAGAUGAGAUGAGGAAUAGGGGGUGUCAACCUGAUGUUGUUACUUUUAAUGUUCUCGUCAAUGGGAUCUGUAAGGAAGGAAGGUUGGAUGAAGCAAUAAAGUUCUUAAACAGCAUGUCUUCAUAUGGUUGCCAACCUAACGUGAUUACACAUAACAUUAUUUUGCGUAGCAUGUGCAGCACUGGGAGGUGGAUGGAUGCAGAGAAACUAUUAGCAGACAUGGUUCAGAAAGGCUGCUCUCCUAGUGUUGUUACUUUCAAUAUUUUAAUUAACUUUUUGUGUCGGAAAGGGUUGCUAGGACGAGCAAUUGAUAUGUUGGAGAAGAUGCCCAAGCAUGGAUGUAUACCAAAUUCCCUAAGUUAUAACCCACUGCUGCAUGGCUUCUGCAAGGAAAAGAAGAUGGAAAGGGCAAUUGAGUAUCUGGAGAUAAUGGUCUCUAGAGGGUGUUACCCUGAUAUUGUGACUUACAAUACUUUGCUCACGGCAUUAUGUAAAGAUGGGAAGGUUGAUGCUGCAGUUGAUUUACUUAAUCAGCUAAGUAGCAAGGGUUGUUCACCUGUUUUGAUCACUUACAAUACCGUGAUUGACGGUCUUUCAAAGGUCGGUAAAACAGAACAAGCCAUAAAACUGUUGAAUGAGAUGCAGGCAAAGGGUCUCAAGCCUGAUAUAAUUACAUACUCUUCUCUUAUUGGAGGGCUUAGUAGAGAAGGUAAGACGGAUGAAGCUAUUAAGUUUUUACGUGACUUGGAAACAUUUGGUGUCAGGCCCAAUGCUAUCACCUACAAUUCUGUCAUAUCUGGACUCUGUAAGGCCAAGCAGACUGAUCGUGCAAUUGACUUCUUGGCCUAUAUGAUAUCCGGGGGAUGCACACCAACUGAAGUUACAUACAUGAUUUUAAUUGAAGGCAUUGCUUCUGAAGGUUUAGCUACUGAGGCACUGGAGUUAUUGAACGAGUUAUGCAUCAGAGGAGUUGUAAAGAGAAGCUCUGCAGAUCAGGUGGCAGUCAAGAUGUAGUUUGUGGUGACUGUUGAUCUUUGAUGACUGUUCAUUGGCAACUUUCCCCUGGAUUUUUUUACCUUUGCUCUCACGUCAUAUUGAUUUUAUCUGAACUUGUGCCUAAGAAAAGAAAGAAAAUCUACUCUUGACAUGGGGUGGAAUCACUGGAAUCCAAGAUCAAUUUUGGUAAGACGGUUCAUUACAUCAACCCUCACUCUGUCUGGUGUUGGGUUAUAUGUGUACCUGUCACAGCAUAUGUUGGUCAAUUGUCUUGUCCUUGUUUUAGCUAGUAUAGUUUGCUCUAGUUUGCCUUGGUCUUCUUAGCUUGAACUUGAUGUUUUAUUGUCUCUUUCACUUAUAUAGAAUCAAUGACUAUUUUGUGCUCCUCCAUUUUUCUCUUUAUCCGAUUGUAAUUGGAGCUUUUGCGAACCAAAAAUGUGCAGGGAUCUUUUACCAGUACUUUUUCA